UUCCCAGUUAUGGCCAAUAAAAGAGGUUGUUCUACAUAAAAAUCCACAAGAGAGAAGCCAUAGGCACAACAGUCAAGUCAAGAGAAGUCAAAAAGUUCAGCUUUAUUGAGUGAGAGAGAAAGAAGGGGGAGAGAAAGAGUCAAAAGUUUUUAAGGUUACCUCUUAGUGAAGUAGUUCAAUCGGGAUUGGCACCUUAGGCGAUAAGUUACUUGAAAGGUCAUGCCACUUCCUCCAUUUUGUUAAAAAGUUACUAAACCCUGCCUUGUAGAGACAGAGACCAAAUCAUAAGCCAUGGCACAAAUCAAACCAACCUCUGAUCUUGAUUUUGUGGAUGAUUCUUACUACUUAGCACUCUUUGAUCAAGAUGAAGAAGAAAUCUUUCCUCCUUCUGAUGACAAGUAUGCUGAAGAGUUGCAGUUUCAAGAGGUUCUCAUGUCAUCUGCAAUCUCUUCACAAAUGACAACCAGCGUCUCCAAGCCAUGUAGAAUCCAUGCUUCCUCGCCAAUAUUAAUCCAGGCCACGCCUCAUCUAGAGCUCUUGGAGAUGGAAACAACGGAAGCUGGUGAAUCCUCGUUAAGCUUCUGUGAGAUUUGUGUUGAAAGGAAAGAAAGUGAUCAGAUGUUCACUACCGGAAGCUGCGUUCACUCUUACUGUUCUGAUUGCAUCAGCAAGCAUGUUUUGAUAAGGGUUGAAGAAAGCAUAACGAUAAUUACUUGCCCUGGAGUGAAUUGCAAGGCUGUCUUGGAGCUUGAUAUUUGUAGGCCUGUGCUUCCCGAUGUGGUAGUCCAUCGCUGGGAAGAUGCUCUCUGCCAAGAGUUUAUUAACACAUCGCAGAGACUUUACUGUCCUUUCAGGGAUUGCUCAGCCCCAUUGCUGAAUGACAAUGGAGGAGAAGAUAUUAGAGAAUCUGAGUGCCCCUUCUGUCAUAGAUUGUUCUGUGCACGGUGUAAUGUGCCCUGGCAUCCGGGGAUUGAAUGCGAGGACUAUCAGAGGCUUAAUGAGGAUGAGAGAGGGACGGCAGAUCUCAUGGUGAGGGAACUUGCAAAGGAGAAGAAAUGGGCUAGAUGCCCCCGCUGCAAAUACUAUGUGGAAAGAACACAAGGUUGCCCACAUAUGACUUGCAGGUGUCAAUUCCAGUUUUGUUAUGGUUGUGAACAAGAGUGGAAUCAGAAUCACGGCGGCUGCCAGAGGAAUUAAGAGGACAACAAGAGCACAGUAAACAUUAUACCUUUGAGUUGAUUUUUGUCUCUGAAAGCUGUUUGCAUCGAAAUGGAAACGAUAAUAUGUUCAGAAGUUUAAUUUGGUGUGGUGUUCUAGUUUGCAAAGGUCAAGAAGAAUAACUGUACUAAUUGUUGUGAAAAGAUGUUUGUCCAUUGAAGUUUGUUCUCGAUUAGCAGUUCAUUUUCAAUACAGAAUUGAA